GAGCUCUCCAGCCACCCUUUUGGGGAAAGGCAACCACUGCAGGCAGCGCUCGGGACCCGUCCGCCCCCAUCUUCCCCUGCCUCCGGUGAACCAUGGGGCUCAGCGACCAGGAAUGGCAGCAGGUCCUCACCAUCUGGGGGAAAGUGGAGGCCGACCUCGCCGGCCACGGGCAUGCAGUUUUGAUGAGGCUCUUUCAGGACCAUCCUGAGACCUUGGAUCGCUUUGAAAAGUUCAAAGGCCUGAAGACCCCUGAUCAGAUGAAGGGCUCCGAAGAUCUGAAGAAGCACGGAGUUACCGUCCUCACCCAGCUGGGCAAAAUCCUGAAGCAGAAGGGUAAUCAUGAAGCAGAGUUGAAGCCCCUGGCUCAAACCCAUGCCACAAAGCACAAAAUCCCAGUCAAAUAUCUGGAGUUCAUUUCUGAAGUCAUUAUCAAGGUCAUUGCUGAAAAGCACUCUGCAGACUUUGGGGCUGAUUCCCAGGCUGCGAUGAAGAAGGCCCUGGAGCUGUUCCGAAAUGACAUGGCCAGCAAGUACAAGGAGUUCGGUUUCCAGGGUUAGCAUAUCCGCACAGAGGGACACCACGACGGAGGCCUGGCCGUGCAUCUUAGAGAAGCUUCCCCAGCACUGUUUUGGACAUCUCACGAUCGACCAUCCAAGACGUGUGGGAACGCUUUGACAAGAGGCCGAGAGUCACCACAGGCAGAGCAGAGGCACUCAGAGUGAUGUCCAUGAUAAACCAUUGUCCUUUCCUGGCUUCACGUAUACAAGAGAAAUAAUCUGUUUUCUUAGGAAAUAUAAUAUAAGGGGUUAUCUGUCAGCUUCUGCCUAUCCCUAUGCCCUUUUUCUUCCCCCCUCCCCCAAACCCAGUCUCAUCUGAGAGGAGAAUGUCAUGGCAGGACACGAAGGGAUGUGGAGGAACAAGGGGUGUGUUGAGGAGUGCAGUGAACAGGAGGGUGAAGGAAUGACUCAAGUGGUGCAAAAGGGAUGUCAGGGUGGGACGUGGGGACACCACAUCCCUUUCCUCCCCCAGGUGAGACUGUUAGCAGGUUAUGGUGGAGAGCUUUCCGCGCCGUCACUGGUGUUAGCUUGUUUCGUGGGGGUGAGAGCAUGUCAGUCUCUGGGGUCUGCCAGCUUGGCAACUCGCUGAACUCACAUUAGCAAAACUAUAACGAGUAGUACACCCUGUGAGCCGUAGGUUUCUGGCAGCUGCCGCUAUGCAUGUGAGGCUGUGUUGCACUGGGAAGUGAAGUAUGCGUUUCUCAGAAAAUAAAAAAUUCCCGCACUGGU